CCAAGAGCAACACUCUCAACGACCAGGACUUCAUCCCGGUCGAUUUCAAAGACAUUACAUACCGUAGAUUCAGCCUGUUCCGUCGCCCCUCCCACGCUGUCCCCAUCGCAACCAUGUCCGCCAAUGCCCACCCCUCCAUCGGUCCAACUCAGCCAUCUCCCAGACCGUGCCCAGACAUCUUCACCAUAAUCUGCUGCAACGACAGCUUCCAGCUCGCCCUCAGCCUCGCCGACAUCGAGACCCUGCUCCUCGUCUGCAAGCGGGCCCAGCCACUCCUGGACUCCAAAGUGAAUCGGCUUCGACACUGGUGCAAGGAGAACCGGCUGCACUCUCCAGACAGGCCGCUGCCGGAUCUCAUCUCUGCCAACGACUUGAUUGCCAUCUCGCUGCACUAUGGCGGCCAAGAGACUGCCGACCGAUCCUGGCUCGUUGCCUUGGCUGACCAGGGAAACCCUGCUGCGUCAUAUCUGCUGGCACGAAUCCUGCAAGCCAAUCUCGCUCACCGGCAGCCAGUGACUCGGUCCAAGCGGCGAGAAACACAACAAGAAAUCGCCCAGCACCUGGAAACGGCUGCCAACGCAAAGCAUCCAAUGGCACAAUUCCACCUGGCCCACUCCUACCGCAACGGACUCGGAGUCUUCCAAGACUACACCAAGGCCGUCGAGCUGUACCGCACACUUGCAGAUCGUGGGAUGCCUCAGGCUCAAAUCGCCCUUGGCUGCUGCUAUGAAGGCGGCGAGAGUGUCGACCAAGACUUUGACACAGCCAUUGAGUGGCAUUCCAAGGCCGCAGAUCAAGGCAGUGAAGACGGUCGACUCCAUAUCGUGUUCUUCCGUGGCUGGCUCUCGUUCAUCGGCCAUGGUGUCAAACAGAGCGACGCCGAUGCCUUCAACCGCUGGCAGGAGGUCAGCACUCAAUCCACCGACCCGGUCAUCAAGCCCAUCGCCACGCACAUGGUUGGGUGGAUGCACUAUCUCGGCCGGGGUACUGUGCGUGACGAGCAGAAGGGAGUCAAGAUCAUCCGGGAGAACAGAUCGGAUGAGUUUCCCUUGGGAGAAGAGGAGUGUCUCGCUGGUGAAAGUACGAACGUACGUCCCGACUCCAGCAUCCUCGCAUCUCGAAAAUUCGUCGAGCUGUGCCAGCUGGGAUCAGAGCAAGACUGGCUGUGUCGCCACCUCACUGCCGUGUGUCUGGUUCACGGAGUCGGAGUUCCGGAGGACCAAGUGACGGCCGCAGGCAUCUUUGAGCAGCUCGCAAACGACGGUCAUAAUGACAGCCAGGUGCAGUUGAGAACAAUGUAUUUCUAUGGUCGAGGAGUGGAGCCAAACCUCACAAAAGCAUUCCAGUGGUGCCAACAAGCUGCAGACCAAAACAACUCCUUUGGACAGUGGAUGCUGGGUACCUGUUAUCGCCGGGAUGACCCAAUCUUCAAAGACUUGAUCAAGGCCGCCCAGUGGUUCCACAAGUCGGCCGAACAGUGCAAUCGGUAUGGACAAGACUCUCUUGGCUACUGUUACCGAUCUGGUGAGGGUGUGGCCAGAAAUCUCCAUACCUCCCGCUUCUGGUUCAAUAAGGCCGAAGAUCAAGGUAUCCACCACGCUUGGCACAGAGUCAAAGUCGUUCAUCGAGAUUCCAACACCCGAAACAAACGAGUAUGUCGGAUUCAGUGAUGACUGUACCCCCAAUCAAAUUUAACUGCACAGAGCAACCAUUCAAGUUGCUUCAUCUUGGUCUAGUCAACCUAAGUGCUGUGAAGAUGCAAGGCUUGUUACAACCCUAAACGACACCUGCCUGGAACCUGGGUCAUGUGUUCUCCCUGCUUGCCUCUCAUAUAUAGCCUUCGACCCUCCAAGCCCCUGGUCUCCCCUGUCCUUCGUUAUCUUGUUAUGGUCGCCAAUAUAUGUGUUUUCACGGUGACUACAGGCCUUAGAUCACCCCCUCCGCCAGAGCCCUCGUAACAAGGCUGUUCCGAUGAUAUAACACUGACUGAAUAUCGUUGUUGCGGGCGAACAAUAUAUCCGAAUCGCAUAAUAGCGGUAUCUCAAAACAUA